UGUGCCCCUAGCAACCAAACCUGUAUUUGUGUAGACGACCAGUUUCAACAGAAUGUCACCGCCUGUGUGUCUGCGAGCUGUACCAUCCCUGAAGCAUUGAAGGCCCAAAACUCCAGCUUAGCAGAUUGCGGCGCUCCAAUACGCGACCGCUCGCAACAGUUUGUUACUCUCUCCAUCACUCUCACGGUUGUGGCAGGAGUCUUUGUCGCAUUUCGGUUCGGUUACAAGUUGACGGUCCCAACUAUCAAAAUCGAUAUCGACGACUGGCUGGUCCUGGCGGCAAUGCUCUCCUUCAUUCCCGCUCCCAUCGUCGCUGUACGUGGUACAACAGCCAACGGGUUUGGUCGAGACAUCUGGGUCCUUAGUCCCCAACAUAUUACAACAAUCACCCGCUUCUGCUACAUCCUGGGAACAUUAUACUUCCUGCAGACUAUGUUGGUGAAGCUGGCCAUUAUCGGCUUCUACCUACGCAUCUUCCCUAUGCGGGAAACUCAACGUCUGCUAUGGGGUACCUUUAUCUUCACGACCGCGUGGGGCGUUGCCUUUGUUAUUGUGGGCGUCUUUCCCUGCACACCCAUCUCAUAUUUCUGGACCCAGUGGGAUGGGCUACAUAAAGGGAAAUGCAUGGACAUCAAUGCUAUUCUGUGGUCGCACGCCAGUUUCAGCGUCGCUCUAGAUCUGUGGAUGUUAGCUGUGCCGCUAUGGCAGCUGCGAAGUCUGCAGCUUCAUUGGAAAAAGAAGGUCGGCGUGGCCUUCAUGUUCAGUGUUGGCACCUUCGUAACCGUCGUGAGUAUGAUCCGUUUCCGAUCCCUGGUAAAUUUUGGAAAGUCGAUGGACAAGACACGGGAGCUAUACAAUGCGUCUGUCUGGUCCACCAUCGAGAUCACGGUUGGAAUCAUGUGCGCCUGUCUCCCAGCGAUGCGCGGAGUUCUCGUCAAAGUCUUCCCCGUCUUGUCCGCCUCAUCAACGCAAAGUAGCAGAGGC